UCCGUUGCUCCUUUCUCUCUCCAAUCAUGUUUCUUUUUCAUGGCUUCCUCUGCUCCUUCCUAACAAAUAUGGGCCCCUUUCCAGCUCCACCAUGGUUCCAAGAUUUGCCAGCUUUGAAAUCUCUGGCAUUUCUCAUACACACUCACUCACUCAAUCUUACCCCUAUUCGCUAUAUAAACCCUUCUCCUAUCCCAUCUUCAACACCCCUCUCCUUCAACUCCAAAUCCGAAGCAAAAACAGGGUUGAUUCGACAACAAUGCGCCUACUUCCACUCUUUGUGUUCAUGGCUUCUAUGGCGGCUGCCACCGCCGGCAACUUUCUCCAAGAUGUCGACAUUACAUGGGGCGGCCCGCGCGCCCAGAUGCUAGAUGGAGGCCGACACCUCACUCUCUCUCUCGACAAGGAUUCAGGCUCUGGUUUCCAAUCCAAGAAAGAGUACCUAUUUGGAAGGUUCGAUGUACAAAUGAAGCUCGUCCCUGGAAACUCUGCUGGCACUGUCACUACCUUCUACUUGUCAUCUGAAGGAGCAACCCACGAUGAAAUUGACUUCGAAUUCCUAGGCAAUUCAUCUGGAGAGCCUUACACGCUUCACACCAAUGUGUAUUCGCAAGGGAAGGGAAACAGAGAGCAACAAUUUCACCUCUGGUUUGAUCCCACAAAGGGCUUCCACACCUACUCCAUCGACUGGUCUCCCAAAAGUAUCAAGUUUCUAGUGGAUAACAUUCCCAUAAGGGUGUUCCACAACUGGGAAGAGAUUGGCGUGUCGUACCCAAAGAGCCAAGCUAUGAGAGUUUAUUCGAGUCUGUGGAACGCGGAUGAUUGGGCGACAAGAGGGGGGCUGGUGAAGACGGAUUGGACAAAGGCCCCCUUCACAGCUUCUUAUAGAAACCUCAACGCCAAUGGGUGCGUUGCUUGGACAGGGUGGACGUCUUGUAGCUCCACGUUCGCGAAUACUCUGCAAGGGGGACCAAAAGGCGAUCAAGGAUUAGACGCGAAGAGCAGGAAUAGAAUGCGAUGGGUGCAAUCCAAGUUCAUGAUUUAUAAUUACUGCACCGACCGUAAAAGAUUUCCUCAAGGCAUCCCAGCUGAAUGCAGGCGCUCAAGGUUUCUAUGAUUUGUUAUUUCUCCAUCAUCAAUGUUUUGAUUUGUUUGUUCCUACAUUCUUUUCUAUUCUUUUUUGGAUAUAAAUUUGUAACCGUCAAUUAUCAUUAUAAAUAAUUACUUCUGUUCUAAGUU